AUGAAGCAUACAAUUCUGCUGUUCCUAUUCAUAACAAUCAUUUUACAAGUAGAUUCACAAAACAGCAAUGUAUUGCUACUGUCUAAAAUCGGUGAUGUCCGAUAUCAAUGUAAUCAGUCGAAUUGUUCAACUUCGACGGUUGUUUCCAAGCCGAAUCUGAGAGCGUGUCAAACGAGCUGUUUAAUGGAUACAAGUUGCCGUACAUUAACAUUCGAUCAAAUCAAUAGUCAAUGUGAACUGUUCGCUGACGAUCCAAACCAAUAUGGUAGUUUGAUUGCACAAACAGGUGUGAUGACUUUUAUUGCUGUUAAUCGACAGUUAUCAGCUUCUAUGUCGACGAACGCAAUGGCAUCCAUAAAGACAACAUCGUCAUCAUCAUCGACAUCAACAUCAUCCAUGUCUACAACUACAACAACCGCCAUAAUAUGGAAACAAAUAUCAAAAAUGUAUACCGGACGAGAUACACACACAGCAUCUGUAUUAUCAGAUGGAAAAGUAUUAGUUGUUGGUGGAUCUAAUGCUGGUUAUACUGGAACGGCUGAGAUAUAUCAUCCUUCGACAGGUAACUGGACAAAGUCAGCAAACCUAAGUGUUGCACGAUGGUAUCACACGGCAUCCACGUUAUUAAAUGGAUCAGUGCUAGUUGUGGGUGGUGGAGGGAAUACUGGUUAUCUCAAUAGUGGUCAAUUAUAUAAUCCUUUGGCAGGCACUUGGGCAACAGUAGCAAAUAUGAAUGUCGCACGAUUCGGACAUACAGCAUCCGUGUUGUCAAACGGAUUGGUUUUAGUCGUAGGUGGACAAAGCAGUAGUGGUUCUUAUGUUAAUAGUAUUGAAUUAUAUAAUCCAUUGACCAAUACUUGGACGCUGAAAGCCAAUAUGAAUGUCGCACGAUCUUAUCAUACUGCAUCUGUAUUAUCGAACGGAGCAGUAUUGGUUACCGGUGGGCAAACAACUGGUGGUAUUUAUCUUAGUAGUGUUGAAUUAUAUAACUCAUCGACAAAUACUUGGACAGGCCAAGCAAAUAUGAACGUCGCACGAUCUUAUCAUACUGCAUCUGUAUUAUCGAAUGGAAAAGUAUUAGUAGCUGGUGGAUAUAAUGGAUCUGUUGUUUUUAAUUCUGCUCAGUUGUACGACCCGUUAACAAAUGCUUGGUCGUCAACAGCAAACAUGAAUACUGCACGAUAUAAAUAUGCAGCAUCUGUGCUAUCUGAUGGAUCGGUGGUGGUUAUCGGUGGAAUAGAUAAUAGCAAUUCUUUUCUCGCUAGUGGUGAAAAAUAUAAUCCGUCCACAAAUACAUGGGUAGUAUUAUCAGCAAGUAUGAAUGCCGUACGAUGCAGUCAUACGUCAUCUUUAUUGUCAAAUGGACAAAUAUUGGUUGCUGGUGGUUAUAAUGGAACUGUUUCUACCAAUACUGCUGAAUUAUAUUAA